CUGUCUGCAGUCUCUGGUCAUUCCCUGCACUGUCUGCAGUCUCUGGUCAUCCCCUGCACUGUCUGCAGUCUCUGGUCAUCCCCUGCACUGUCUGCAGUCUCUGGUCAUCCCCUGCACUGUCUGCAGUCUCUGGUCAUCCCCUGCACUGUCUGCAGUCUCUGUCUCUGGUCAUCCCCUGCACUGUCCGCAGUCUCUGGUCAUCCCCUGCACUGUCCGCAGUCUCUGGUCAUCCCCUGCACUGUCCGCAGUCUCUGGUCAUCCCCUGCACUGUCCGCAGUCUCUGGUCAUCCCCUGCACUGUCCGCAGUCUCUGGUCAUCCCCUGCACUGUCCGCAGUCUCUGGUCAUCCCCUGCACUGUCCGCAGUCUCUGGUCAUCCCCUGCACUGUCCGCAGUCUCUGGUCAUCCCCUGCACUGUCCGCAGUCUCUGGUCAUCCCCUGCACUGUCCGCAGUCUCUGGUCAUCCCCUGCACUGUCCGCAGUCUCUGGUCAUCCCUCUG